UUUAAGCAGGAAGGAGGCCAUCUUUCGCCUGUUCUCUCCUAGGAGGAGGAAGUGAAUUGAAUUUUGCAUGGCAAAAGCAGCAAGCCAUGGCAGAUAACUACCGGGACUACAACUUGACAGAGGACCAGAAAAUCGUUAAGACGAAGUACCCGCCUCUCAAUAAGAAGUAUGAAUAUCUGGAUCAUACUGCUGAUGUGCAGUUGCAUGCCUGGGGAGAUACCUUGGAAGAAGCAUUUGAACAAUGCGCCAUGGCCAUGUUUGGGUACAUGACUGAUACGGAGACGGUUGAACCUCUGGACACAGUAGAGGUGGAAGCAGAGGGCCAUGACAUGCUGUCUCUUCUCUUUCACUUUCUGGAUGAGUGGCUUUAUAAAUUCAGUGCCAAUGAGUUUUUCAUUCCCAGGGAAGUUAAAGUGCUCCACAUUGACCGAAUAAGAUUCAGAGUAAGAUCUAUUGGGUGGGGAGAAGAGUUCUCUUUGCCCAAGCAUCCCCAGGGCACAGAGGUCAAAGCUAUAACCUAUUCAGCAAUGCAGAUUCAUGAGGAUGAAACGCCCGAGGUCUUUGUCAUUAUUGAUAUCUAAACAAAGGGCCACAAAAAACUGCAUCACCCUGGUUUAACUGGCAAAAGUGCUGUACAUCCUAAUCGAAGUGUUUGUCCUCCUGGAAAUGACUCGGCAGAGGGCUAAAUAAACCAAAGUGGUGAGGAGCAUCCAGUUGGAUGUAGCAGCUUGAAUAGAAGACUCCCAAGGAAUGUCCAGCUCCGGCGUGUUACUGAGGCUGAUGCAUCAAGCAGAAAGCAUUGAAAAGAUGGUAUGCAUGUGUUGAUUACUAGCCCAAGCAUGAUCUGGUACUGCAGCCUAUAAUGUGGUUUUAAAAUGCUGGAUUCUAAUUCCUUAUCUAUUCUGGUGGGAGACUAAUAUUCUUUAGUGACAGGAAAUGCAGGGAUUUAAGACUAUUCACUGUCUUCUGUCUUAAUAAUACUACAUCUUCUAUUGCUUCUUUUGUCAUUUAUAGCCCAUUGUAAAAUACCCACCAUAAAAUGCUGCUUUCCUCCAGUGAGAGCUGGAGGUUAGAGCUGUAGUGACUGGUGAGGCACUGUUUCUUGGCUGGCUUCCUAACAGAGGUACCCUUGGCUGGCUUCCUAAGGGUAAGGUGCAGGGAGAUUGGUCUGUUGUGGCACAUGGCAGUGGAUCCAAGCUCCCUAUGCCUCAACCCUCCCCUCUAUGUAAGUGCCAGUGACCUGCUGUGUUGGCAGGGCUGGAGAACCAAGUUACUCCACCUGCACUGUCUCCAUGGGAUGGAGAAGGGAAUUCACGCAUGCUGGGGGAAAGGGAGUCUUGCAGGCGAUGCCACACUCCCAAUGCCUUAGCCACAGUUAAAGAUCAGAGCUAUUAUGUCUCCACUGAAAGGGGAAAGGAAAGGAACAGCAGACACACAUAUUUGACCCCCUCCCCCCUGCAAGGAGCAGCAUUUCUUUUUGACAAUCUAUAUCAGGGGUAGUCAACCUUUUUAUACCUACUGCCCACUAAUGCAUCUUUCUUGAUGGUAAAAUUUUCUUACCGCCCACCAGUGCUCUAUGGAAGGAGGAUUCAACUUGUGCCAUAGAACCCCCUACCGCCCACCUAGAAUCCUGAAACGCCCACUAGUGGGCGGUAGGGACCAGGUUGACAACCCCUGAUCUAUAUGAACAUGCACAUGCAACUUGAAUUGCAGACUUAACACACACACCUUGGGAUUAAAGCAACAGGUCUCAGUCUCUUGUAAGCAGCAUUUGUUUCACGGGGCUUGCAGAGGAGCAUAUUUGUUGGCAGGUGUCUUACAACGGGCCAUCCCUUUGCACCAUGAUACAAAUCCAGCAUUUUUUGUUAGGAGAGGGUACAAAAUAUUUAUAGAAGGCAGCCUUCAUCAACACCCAUCAGUCUCAGCUUGCAGGCUUAGGCUGAUAGGCCUUGUAGUUCAAAACAGCUGCUGGGCAUCAGGCUGAUGAUGGCUGCAUAUAAGAAAAGACGUCAUAAGAGGUGUAGAUAGUGUGGUACUCUGUGUUAAUCUGUGUGUGAUUUCAGUUUUGAUGUGCUCCACUUAGCUCUACAAUUGUGUGAGGUAAUUGGUGUAUUUCUUGGAGUAGGUACUCCAAUUUAUGUAAAUGACAGAAAAGGGAGAAUCUUGGUUUUAAUUUAAAAUAACUUUUAAAAAAACAUAAAAAUAAAAUCCGUUUUACAAAACUUGUGUUCAUACUUGUGUGCUUAUAGUAGUUUUAUUGGUUGGCAAUAUUAUUGCAUUAGACCUGCAGGUGUAGGGUGGAAUACAAAUUUAAUAAAUAAUAACAAUAAAUAAUGGUGACAUGGCUAGCUGGGCUCCUGAACAGGAGCACUCUGGGCUGCAACAUUAUCUUCAAGGUCCCACAGACCACCACUACCCCCCCCCCCAAAAAAAAUCACACACUCACACCCCUUUCCGAUUGGGUUCAAUUGACAUCCAUGUUUUAUUGCAAAGGCUUCGUGUAUAACUAAUAGCCGCUGAUUUGGGGCAUGUCCUUUGCCAUUUCAGCUGCACGCCCCCAGGGUGAGCUUGUCAAAGAGGUGCUCUCCCAAGCCAUCCUGGGGCACUCCCAGGCGCCUCAAGUUAGAUAGAUGGUCUGCCAACUGCUUGAUGGCCUUCACUUGUUCCUCCAAAAACUCAGACUUUAGAAAGUGACACAGCUGCACAGAGAAGGCAAGCAAGGGAGGGAGAAGAAUUGCUCAGGGCUUGCGCUUCCUUUUUCUUUUGAAACAGUCACUGGUGGUGAGUCCCAGCCCAGAUCAUCCUCACACCUGGGAUCUGCUAGCUCAGAAAAAAAUAGAUUUUGAAUGCUCAAGGGCUUUGAUACUAGAUAAGACGAGCGCUGUGAGAUCACAUGAAAGUGAUCUUGUGUAUUAUCAUAGUGUGGCUGGGAAAGGCUUCUGCCUGAGCUAUCAUUGGCUCAAGCCAAUGUUUGAGAAUAUGAAAUAGUCUUUCCAAGGGGCUACCUGUCUCUAAAUGUUGGGCCAACUCCUGGUCUGCAUGUUUUGUUUAGAGAUUCUAGUGUAGCCUUCCCCAACCUGGUGCCCUCCAGUUGGUUUGGGCUGCAACUCCCAUCAGCCCGGACUCGCAUGGCAAUGCUGGCUGGAGGAAGUUGUACUACAAAAAUCCAGAGGGCACCAGGUGACUAGAAUGAGCUUUUCAGUGCCUUCUCAGGGUCCUCCAUUCUCCCCAAAUGUCUACCCAUUUAUUUAUUUUAAUUUUGCUCACUAACCACAGGUGACAUACAUGAGGAUCCUCCUUCUCCAGAG